AUGAGGCUGCGCAUGGAGCCGGCGGCGGCCGUGCCGGGCAACCUCUCCCGCGGCGGCGGCGGCGGCGGCAACGAGAGCGGCGGGGCGGCGGCGGCGGCGGGAGCGGCGGGCUGGUCGGCGGCGGCGCUGGCCUCGCAAGCGGCCGCGCUGCUGCUCAUCUUCGCCCUCUCGGCGCUGGGCAACGGCGCGGUGGUGCUGGUGAUCGCCCGGCACCGGCAGCUCCGCACGGUCACCAACGCCUUCGUGCUGUCGCUGUCGCUGUCGGAGCUGCUGGGCGCCCUGCUCUGCCUGCCGCUGGCCUUCCUCAGCCUGCUCAGCCGCCCGCCCGGCGCUUGGCUCUUCGGGCAGCGCCUGUGCCUGGCCAGCGCCGCGCUCCACGCCGGGCUGGGCAUCGCCGCCACGCUCACCAUGGCCCUGCUCUCCUUCGAUCGCUACUGUGCCAUCGUCCGCCAGCCGCGGCACAAGAUGGGCCGGCGCCGCGCCGCGCAGCUGCUAGCCGCGGUCUGGCUGGCAGCCCUGGCGCUGGCCGGGCCCUGGUACGGGCUGGCGGGCGAGGGGCGUCGCGAAGCCCGGCCCGGCGCCUACCGCUGCGUCUACGUGCUGCCCUGGGGCUCCUCGCGGCUCGGGCCGCCCUACGGCGCCGCCCUCAUCGUGCUCUGCUACCUGCUGCCCUUCGCCGUCAUGUGCUUCUGCCACUUCAACAUCUGCCGGGCGGUGCGGCUGGCCGAGAGCCGGGUGCGGCCGCUCACCACCUACGGGCACCUGCUGCGCGCCUACGGGGAGAUGCGCACGGCCACCACCGUGCUCAUCAUGAUCGUCUCCAUCAUCUGCUGCUGGGGGCCCUACUGCAUCCUGGGGCUGGCCGCCGCCGCCGGCCGCCUGCCCUUCUCGCCCACCAUGGACGCCGUGGCCAGCGGGAUGGCCUGGGCCAACGGCGCCAUCAACCCCCUCAUCUACGCCGCCCGUAACCCCAACAUCUCGGUGCUGCUGCGGCGCAGCCGGGAGGGCGGCUACAGGACUAGGAACAACAUGGUCGCCUACCUGUCGGUGCCGGGCCGCCAGCCGGAGCCGCGGAGCCGGGCUGAGCGGGUCCGGGAGCGCUACAUCAACCGGCACAGCGGGCCCCCGGGCAGCGCCGUGUCCUCGUCCAGCCCGGCCAGCGGGGCAGAGGUGGCCAUGUGGGCCUGCAAGACUCCCGCUGUGCUCUUCUGCCGGGAUGGACAGCCGGACACGGUCUCUGAGGGCACCCUGAGGGGCAGAGCGGGCGCCAUCGACACCAGCCUGUGAAGGGAUGGGGGCCGGCAUGGAGGCAUCGGGCCCCGGGUGCCUCCUGAACAAAGACCUGCUGCUUGGAGCCCUUUGCAGCUGGAUUACCAAGAAACUGUGAUGGGACUGUGUUUCUUCUCCACCGUGUGAACUCUGCUUUGGUCACCCCAUCUGUGAGCAGCAAGAGCUCCAAAGGGAAGGGAAAUGCCCCUUCCUUUUCAGCAGGCCUGAUGGAUGCAUCGGUACAGCUACUGAGCCCGGCCAAGGCAAGAGCUUCAAGAACAGGACAGAGUUUGCUCCAGACUUGCAGAAAGUGCCACUGUGCCGCUCCGGGGCUGACACACCAAACUGACUGAAUGCCUGUGGGAGCUGUUUGCUAAGUGCCAAAAAAGCAACUGAAAGCUGAGCACUGGCAGCAGGAUUACCAAGAAUCUGUGGUGGGACUGUGUUUCUUCUCCACUGUGUGAGCUCUGCUUUGGUGACACCAUUUGCGAGCAGCAAGAACUCCAAAGAGAAGGGGAAUCCCCCUUCCUUUUCAGCAGGCCAUCAGUGACAGCCACCAAGCCCAGCCAAAACAAGAGCUGCGGGAACAGGACAGAGUUUGCUCCAGACCUGCAGAAAGUGCCACUGUGAACUCCGGGGCUGACACACCAAACUCAUUGAAUGCCUGUGGGAGCUGUUUGUUAAGUGCCAAAAAAGCAACUGAAGGCUGAGCACUGGCAGCUGGAAGCCACUCUGUAAACACCACACUGUGAAAAACAGCAUCAUGGCAGGAAAAUGUUGCUUUUAUCUUUUGUAUGUGGAAGUGACACAACAGUCAUAAAGUCACAGACUGUAGGAUGGGCUGAAAAAGUGAUCUAUUUAUAUGUAUUUUUUUUUUAAUUUAAACUCUGAAGUAUAACAAGAAAAGUAAUUGUGAAAGAUGAAUGAUGCAGGGAGGGAAGGAAAGGAAGGUAAAUACCUCAGGUGUCAGAAUUUCAGCAGCCUUUUCUCUUUUUUUGCAGGUACAGUCAACUUAAAAUACUAUGAAUAUGAGAAACAUGAGUUCCUCAGACAGACUGAAAAGGGUGUGGGUGUAAACUGUGGUGUGCACAAGAUGUAUGUUUUCUUUUUGAGCUCAUCCAGAGUGUCUCUCAUCUCCAAGGGUUUUACCAUAAUUAGAGGAGCUAUGUGAGAGAAGUGUCUGAAAGGAGAGGCAAAGCAAUACCACGUGUCCUCUGUGUGCUCUGCAGCAUGUGAAAAUGUGUGUAUGCACAGAACAGAUAUUGUUGUAUUGAUGGCAGCAAUCCAUUGGGAUACAAUAUUUUAAAAACAGCUGUUUGCUGUUGAAAAAAAAAAAAGGAAAAUAACACCAUGGAAAUGCAAUUGCACAGCAUUAAUGUGAAUAAAUUUAUCAGUGUCAUCUUUUUGUUCAAGGGCCCAAAGCCUUAAAUUAGUAUUUUGAAUCUGAAAUUAAGAUUUGGCCUUCAUUUGUCUUUGUCAGAGUUUAGUGUGAGACAGUAUUUUUCCUUGUACAGGCUUUAAAAACACAGUGUUUUGGUUUUAAUUUUAAAAUACAGUGUUUUGGUUUUACUGGAUUUUUCAGCUGUUUGUGACGCAAGUGAACACUCUGUCAUUAUUUUGUAAGUGAAGAA